GCCAUCUCUUGCAGCCAACCUUUUACUACGUUGCACAGGUCGCCGAAGACUCCGAGAGAGGAAUUCCGUCGAGCAGCUGGUGUGCAUGAGCAAGAGGCAGAGCAGUGUGGACCAGAACGAGAGAUCAUGAUCAGGGCCAAGAAAGCCACCGUCUUGACGCUCGCUGAGAAGUGCAAGAAUAUACUGGCUUCUAACUGGCAAGGUCACCUCCACACAAUCAAAGCAGAUGCAAAGGGAAGCAAGGAGGAUAUAUACACUUCAAAGGUGAAGUACAUAGUGAAGAAAGGAAGGCCAUUCAUAUGGGUACAAGACAAAGAUAUGCACAACAUGAAUACAAUCAUUGACGAGCGUAGCUCGUUCUCUGUUGCUAGUCCCUUCCCAGGGCCCUUAGCAAAGUUGCUGAAAUUGACAGAUAAGUUACCAGCACGGAUUGCUCUAACUGGGGACAUAUUACCUCUUAGAGAAGAAAAGGCACAAUUGACCGUGGAGAAUCUUAAAGACAUCAUAGAGGCAGAAGAAACAGUUGUAAAUGAUGCAGCCUACACGGUUUCUAGCAUUUUGACUUGUUCAGAUGUGGUUACUGCUUCACGAAGUGACAGCCUCAAGGAGCUGUUAGAUGAACAUGAAAAGUACCACAUCUAUAAGUUCAUUACGAGUUCAUGCAUGUAUGUUGAUGGCAAUGGAGGAACGCAUGAAGUUGAUACUGAAGAUAUUGAAAAGUGUAGAACCGAUCCGUUGGCAUCAUUCUCUUCCAGGAUUAUUGAUGGCAUAAACCAAAGCGAAGCAAGGCGUAAGGCUCUCACCCUUUUCUGCCUCGUACACUUGAAUGCUAAUGCCAGAGAUGCAUACAUGCUCUCUGUGGAUCGUAAGGGCUUCGACAUGCUUGCAAAAGUUGCAGCCGUUGGAAAUGACGGCAUUUGUGAUUAUCAGUGGAAAGAAUACCGAUUCAGCUUCGAGGAGGAAGCGUACGACCUCGAAACUUUCUGCCGUCAGCUAGUGGAAAUGGAGGAGGAAGUCGUGAAGAAAAUUGGAAAUUACAGUGGGUUGACAUGAACAAAGAGCAUUACCUCAGUUUGGAAAAUUGUGCUACUUCGAUUAGAAACUAUCAGUACUGCGUAAUGUAACAUUAUCCGAAACAUUCUUUUGAAGCUAGAUCAAAGGAAAGUAAAUCAUAAUUGUUCUCAACUGUAAGCUAGAUAACCAAAAAGGUUAUUAAAAAAAAACACCACAAAAAUUGCAAAACGCACUACGCGAACUUAAAACGCCACCGUAUCCUCGGUUUAAUCGACCUCCUCAAUCUUGGGACCGGCACCGCUGCUGGCGCCAGCCGGUGGAACGUCAGCAUGACCGCCGGCACCCAUGUCAGGACCGGCGCCACCCUGGUACAUCUUAGCAAUGAUAGGGUUGCAAAUUCCUUCAAGCUCCUUCAUCUUAUCCUCGAACUCAUCCGACUCAGCGAGCUGGUUGUUAUCCAGCCACUGAAUCGCCUGGUCGAUGGAGUCCUCAAUCUUCUUCUUGUCGUCUGCGGCCAACUUGGAGCUAAUCUUCUCGUCCCUCACCGUGUUCCUCAUGUUGUAAGCGUAGUUCUCCAACGCAUUCUUUGCCUCCACCUUCUUCUUGUGAUCCUCGUCCUCGGCCUUGUACCGCUCGGCCUCCUGAACCAUCUUCUCAAUCUCGUCCUUCGACAGUCUGCCCUUGUCGUUGGUAAUCGUGAUCUUGUUCUUCUGCCCUGUCGUUUUAUCCUCCGCCGAGACAUUCAAGAUGCCGUUGGCAUCAAUGUCGAAACACACAGUGAUCUGAGGAACCCCCCUUGGAGCUGGUGGAAUGCCAGAGAGCUCAAACUUGCCCAACAAGUUAUUGUCCCUCGUCCUAGUCCUCUCGCCUUCGUAGACCUGGAUCAACACUCCAGGCUGAUUAUCGGAGUAGGUCGAGAAAACCUGCUCCUUUUUAGUUGGGAUCGUCGUGUUCCUCUGAAUCAGGACAGUCAUCACACCUCCAGCAGUUUCCAGCCCUAGAGACAGAGGGGUGACGUCCAAGAGAAGCAAAUCCUGAACCUUCUCAUUACCCUCGCCACUCAAAAUUGCAGCUUGAACUGCUGCACCAUAAGCCACCGCCUCAUCUGGAUUAAUGCUCUUGCAAAGCUCCUUCCCAUUGAAGAAGUCCUGGAGGAGCUGCUGAACCUUGGGAAUCCUAGUGGAACCGCCCACAAGAACAACGUCGUGCACCGUGCUCUUGUCCAUCUUAGCAUCCCUCAAGCACUUCUCCACUGGCUCCAUACACUUCCUGAAGAGGUCCAUGUUCAUCUCCUCGAACCUCGCACGCGUGAUGGUGGAGUAGAAAUCGAUACCCUCGAAGAGGGAAUCGAUCUCGAUCGUGGUCUGCGCCGUUGAGGAGAGGGUUCUCUUGGCUCUCUCGCAAGCCGUUCUAAGCCUCCUAAGAGCUCUCGGGCUCCCGCUGAUAUCCUUCUUGUUCUUCCUCUUAAACUCCUGAACGAAAUGAUUCACCAUCCUGUUGUCGAAAUCCUCACCACCCAAAUGAGUGUCUCCAGCGGUGGCUUUCACUUCGAAGAUACCCUCUUCGAUUGUCAGCAGGGAGACAUCGAAUGUGCCACCGCCAAGAUCGAAGAUCAGGACGUUCUUCUCGCCGACACUGGUGGCCUUCUUGUCGAGGCCAUAGGCGAUGGCGGCAGCAGUGGGCUCGUUGAUGAUACGCAUGACGUUGAGGCCUGCAAUCACACCAGCGUCCUUGGUUGCCUGCCGCUGUGAGUCGUUGAAGUAUGCAGGGACGGUGACGACGGCGUUCUUCACUUCUGUGCCUAGGAAAGCCUCGGCAAUCUCUCGCAUCUUGAUUAGGACCAUGGAUGAGAUCUCCUCGGCGGCGAAUUGCUUCUCGUCGCCUUUGUAGCUGACAUUGAUCAUCGGCUUGUCGCCUGGACCGGCGAUCACCUUGAAUGGCCAGAGCUUGAUGUCGCUCUGCACCGAUGGAUCGCUGAGCCUCCUACCAAUCAGCCUCUUAGCAUCGAAGACGGUGUUGGUAGGGUUCAUUGCGACCUGGUUCUUGGCGGCAUCG